GUUCUCCUAAUCUCCUGUAGCGUCAACAGCUCAGCUUCGUUUUCAUGCACCAGUGAAACAAAAAAAAAAAAAUUUUAAAAAAAGGGAAUCGAAAAGAUGCUCUUCUCACACUCUACCCUUCCCAAUGCGACUUCUCCUCAUCCCCUCGCUUGCUCUCGCCUAAGAUUCUCCGCUUCUUCUCGUCUCCUCUCAGCCACAGCAACCUCAAGCAACGUCUCCGCUGCCAGGUUCAAAAUGUCGUCGGAUUCGCUUCCUCCUCUUCCUGAAUCCCGCAUCGUUCUAGGAUGUGGAGGAAUAUCGGUGGAUUUUUUGGCGGCUGUCGCUGCUUAUCCUAAGCCUGAUGAUAAGAUCAGAAGUACAAGCUUGAAGGUUCAAGGAGGUGGAAAUGCUGGGAAUGCUAUGACUUGCGCAGCUCGUUUGGGCUUAAAUCCGAGGAUAAUUUCCAAGAUUGCUGAUGAUUCUCAAGGCAGGAGUAUUUUGGAGGAACUGGAGGCUGACGGUGUGAAUACUUCUUUUCUUGUGGUUUCCAAGGAUGGUAAUUCACCAUUUACCUAUAUUAUUGUUGACAGCCAAACGAAAACUCGUACUUGUAUCCAUACUCCAGGAUAUCCUCCCACGGUAGUGCAUGAUUUAUCACAAUCAAGCUUAUUAUCUGCAUUGGAUGGAGUAAGGAUUGUCUAUUCUGAUGGAAGAUUGCCUGAAGUUGCUUUAGUCGUUGCACAAGAGGCAUGUCACAAAAAUAUACCCAUUUUAGUUGAUGCAGAAAGGAAAAGGGAAGGUUUGGAUGAUCUUCUGAAAUUGGCUAGUUAUGUUGUAUGCUCUGCAAACUUUCCACAGCAAUGGACCGAAGCACCAUCUAUUCCAAGUGCACUUGUUUCUAUGCUUCUGAGGUUGCCAAAUAUUAAAUUUGUCAUUGUGACCUUGGGUGAAGAUGGAUGCAUAAUGCUUGAGAGAAGUACAAUUGAGGCUCCUACAACAGAGGAAACUGAUGUGAAUAGUUUGUUAGAGUCACUGAAUCAGAGAAAGGAUGAUACAAUUUCCAUCCCCAAAUGUUUCUCGUCAUCAUUUACAAAGCUAAGAGCAAAUGGGAUAGGAACGAUUAAUGGCAGGUUGUUUGUGGGAACAGUGGAGAAGAUACCUCCACCAGAACUUGUUGAUACAACCGGUGCUGGAGAUGCCUUUAUUGGAGCAGUCCUUUAUGCUAUCUGUGCCGACAUGCCACCAGAGAAAAUGUUGCCAUUUGCUGCUCAAGUGGCAGCUGCAAGCUGCAGAGCCUUAGGAGCUCGAACUGGUAUUCCACACCGCUCAGACCCUCGCUUGGCACCUUUUCUAGAUUAAAGUUCUCUAAUCGUAAAAUAUCAUCUCUAGCUGUGGCGUUUAUGAGCCUUCGUUUUUUAUAUACAUUGCCUUUGGCCCCUUUUUAGCAGUGGUUAGCUUGUUGUAAUGGUGGUGAGAAGCCAUUUUUCCAUCUUAAUGGUCCCCAUUGUGCUUUGUAAAUUAUGAAACUUCGCAACAUUGAAACUCAGUUAUUUUUCUCCAUAAAUAAUUAACAUUUUUCUUUCUUAAUUA